AACUCAAGUCUAGCAAUACCAAACAAAAUUUCCAUCAAAGAGUCAACACCAAAUUAUUUCAGAUUGACAUUAGCGAUCACUAUGACUUCAGUCAAGCCCCUUUCUUCACUUCACUUGUCUUUUGGUGGAUAAUUGAUAUGAUUUCAGUCAAGUCCAUUCUUCACUUCACUUGUCUUUUGGUGGAUGAUUGGUCCUCAACCAUCAAGUCUCAACUGUUUUAGUGUACCCAUUGUUUUUUUUUCUUAUCAAUGUCAACUAAAUACCCCAUUGAUAAUGUUUUCUUGAGUCCUCAGCUUUUCAUUAUAAAACUCAGCUGGAAUUGUUCACGUAAAUUAAAAUCUUGAAAGCCAACAAACCUGAUUACUUCAAUUUAGUUGCCAGUCUCGCCAUCAGGCUUGCAUUGGAAAAUCAUGUCUUGGUCAGUACUUUUUCCAAUUCAUGUUGUCGUUCUCCUCUUAUGCUUCAAUUUGGAAAGUCUUGGGUUGCUUGGUUUAGCAGCCUCUGAAGGUGGUGGAAAUAUGAAGGAUCAGCAAGCUUUGCUUGAGUUCAAGGCCAAGAUCACCAACAAUCAACUCGGCGUUAUGCGUUUGUGGAACAAUACCGUCCACUACUGCCAGUGGUAUGGUGUUAGUUGCGGUCGUCGACAUCAGAGAGUCACCCGGUUGGUCCUGGAAUCCCAACAUCUAACGGGAUAUAUAUCACCAUAUAUUGGAAACUUGAGCUUUCUGAGGGUGUUAAACCUUAACAAUAAUAGUUUCAUUCAUGAAAUUCCUCAAGAAAUUGGUCGUUUACGUAGAUUGAGAAUAUUACAUCUAGCCAUAAACUCAAUUGGUGGUGAAAUCCCCAGUGUGCUCUACAGCUUGCCAAACCUAGCCAUUUUAAACCUGGAAAGAAACAAGUUAAGUGGAAGAAUCUCACCUUUGUUAGGGAACGUAUCAUCUCUGGUGAAACUUUCUCUACUUUCAAAUAAACUCGAUGGAGUGAUCCCUGAAACUCUUGGCCAACUAAAAAGGCUCACAUUUUUUUCUGUGGGGCUUAACAAUUUUUCGGGUACUGUUCCUUCCUCCAUUUUUAAUUUGUCUAAUAUCAGAACUUUUGAUAUUGGCGAUAAUUAUCUUGAAGGUACUCUUCCUUGGGACUUAGGUAUUAAUAUGCCGUAUCUGGAACAGUUUCUUGUUAGCAAUAACCUACUCACUGGACCAUUCCCUAUUUCAAUAUCCAAUGCCUCAAAUCUCAUAGCACUUCAAAUUGUUGUAAACCUCGUUGUAGGGAGCUUGCCUUCAUUUGAAAGGCUUACCAAGCUACAAUGGUUUGGCAUUGAUGGAAACCUUCUAGGAAGCAGAGGAGCAAAUGACUUAAACUUUCUCUGCUCUUUGACUAACGCAAGACAGCUACAGAGAUUGAGUAUCAAUGAAAACAAUUUCGGAGGGUCAAUACCUGAGUGCAUAGGCAAUUUGUCGACUGAUCUCUUAUAUUUGAAUCUCGAUGUCAAUGAAAUAUCAGGAACAAUUCCAGCCGCUAUUGGAAAUCUUAUCAACUUGGAGUCGCUUACUAUAUGGAACAAUCAAUUGUCUGGCGCCAUUCCCUUUGAUAUUGGGAGGCUUCAACAGCUACAGGAAUUUAAGGCCCAAAACAAUUCUCUCUCCGAAGGUAUUCCAUCUUCUUUUGGAAAUCUAAAAAUGUUGAUUAGCCUAAAUUUAAGUCACAACAAUCUUCAAGGCAGCAUUCCUUCAAGCCUUGGUGAGUGUGAAAAUUUGCUGACAUUGGAUCUUUCUUAUAACAACCUCAGUGGUUCCAUACCUCCCCAAGUAGCCAGUCUCUCAUCCUUGUCCAUUGCAUUGGACUUGUCUUCAAACCAUUUGACUGGUGUUCUUCCCAUUGAAGUAGGAAAUCUGAAAAAUCUUGGUGUGUUGCGUAUCUCUAAGAACAUGUUAUCAGGUGAGAUUCCAGGAAGUCUCGGUAGUUGUAUGGUGUUAGAGCAACUAUUCAUGGAUGGCAAUCACUUCCAAGGGUCGUUUCCUUCAUCUUUGAGUUCAUUGAGAGCUCUUAUAAAGUUAGACAUUUCGAGCAACAAUUUCUCAGGUGAAAUUCCAAAAUUUUUAUCCAGUUUUAAGUCACUGCAAUAUUUGAAUCUUUCCCACAAUAAUUUUGAAGGCAUGUUACCAAUUGAAGGUGUUUUGAAAAACGCAAGUGCUACAUUCGUUGAUGGAAACAAUAAGCUUUGUGGGGGCACUCAUGAUUUCAAUUUGCCCGAAUGUAACUCGAAAAGCUCUAGGAAGAGAUCGAUCAUUUCACUUAAAUUAGCAAUUUCUGUUUCUUUUGGGCUGUUAGGAGUAGCUUUAGCAUUCCUCUUUCUUCUUUGGUCUAGAAAGGAAAGAAAGCAGCCUACAUCAAUGUAUACUGAAAACAUGCCUAUAAACUUAUCAUAUCAAAGCAUCCUAAAAGCUACUGAUGGUUUAUCGUCAGCAAAUUUGGUAGGAGAAGGUAGCUUUGGUUCUGUAUAUAAGGGGGCUCUUGAAAAUCACGAUGGGAUAGAUGUUGCCAUCAAGGUGUUUAAUCUUGCGCGUACAGGAGCUUCCAGGAGUUUCGUUGCUGAAUGUGAGGCUUUAAGGAAUAUCAGACAUCGAAACCUUGUCAAGGUUUUAACUGCCUGUUCGAGUGUUGAUUCCCAUGGCAAUGAUUUCAAGGCUCUAAUUUAUGAAUUCAUGGUUAAUGGAAGCUUAGAGGAUUGGUUGCAUCCAUCCGUGUCCAGCCACGGGACCCAAAUGGCAGAAAAGCACUUAAAUCUUCACCAAAGACUGAAUAUAGCAGUUGAUGUUUCUUGUGCAUUAGAGUAUCUCCAUUGUCAUUGUGAAACACCAAUUGUUCAUUGUGACCUCAAACCAAGCAAUGUUCUACUUGAUGGUGAAAUGGUUGGUCAUGUUGGUGACUUCGGGUUAGCGAAAUUCAGAUCAGUUGACAUGCAAAAUUACUCAACAAACCAGUCAAGCUCUCUUGGAUUAAGAGGAACUGUAGGUUACGCUCCACCAGAAUAUGGCUUGGGAAGUGAGGUUUCAACUCAGGGUGAUGUGUACAGCUAUGGAAUCAUUCUAUUGGAGAUGUUUACAGGGAAGAGGCCCACUGAUGAUACGUAUAAAGAGGGUUUGAACCUUCAUAACUUUGUCAAGGAAGCUUUGCCAGGACGAGUAGCGGAGAUUACAGAUCCCAUUCUUCUUGGAGAAGCAAUUAGAGAAGAAACGAUCAAUGAUAGAGUCAUUCGAUGCUUGAAUUCAAUAUUUGAAAUUGGAGUUACUUGUUCAAACGAGUUGCCAAAGAAGCGAAUGAACAUGAGUGAUGUUGCUGCACAACUUAUUUCUAUCAGAAACAAGCUUCUUCCAGCAUCAGUACUUAAAGAAAGGCCAAGGAUAGAUGCAAUUGAAUCAGCAGCAGCUUAA